UUUGGCUGCAGAUCAGCAGUGAAUGCCACAUUCAUGGCUCCGUAUCGCAGGAAACUUUGAGCCAACAGAGCGUGAUCCUUGCUGGGUUUUCACUCGGCCACGGAUCACUGUGGUGAAGGAUUAUCAGCAGGCGCGACUUCCAGGCAGAUCCACGUCACAGUGGAGGGAAACGUUUUCCCACCUCUUCCCAGAUGGAUCUGCUCCACUCGUUCCGCAACAGCGCUGAUGAUGAAACCUCCCGUUUCAGCGAAGCGGUUGCACUAACGGAGCGAGAGGUCGUGGUGAAUCAUCGCGCUGGUGACGUGCUGAAACAUGCACUAGGCCUCUGCUUUCUUUCAUAUCACUGGCUUGGCAAGUGGCACUGACAUGUUGUAGUGUUAGCAGCUGCCAGGUACCAGCUGCAGUGUUUGUCUUUCUUUAUGAAUGGAAGCUCUCUUUUCUCUCUUUUUUUGUUUGUUUGUUGUACGGCACAUUCACACUGCAGGUGUUGCCACGAAGCAACAAAACACCUUCACGUAUCGUCUGUAAACAACACGUCGGAAUCAUCCAACCUUCCCGUAAAAGGAGGAAGUGUGAAAAGUAUGCACGCACACCUGUGGUGCGCUUACAUGUGCGCGUUUGCACGGUUUAACUGUUGCUCUCAGGAGAAUCUAACCAUUGUUCCUCUUACAGCAGGGCCACAAUUACAUUUUAACAAUGUUGGUCCUGCGCGUGAAAACCGGUUUGUAAAUUGCCAGAAAAUGCAGAUCUAUGAGGAAAUGAAGAUUUGGACUACAAUUACCGGCACAGUGUAAUUCCAGGUUGUGGUGUUUGUCUUCGCUAUAAUGGACUCCAUGAGGCUUUCAGGGAUUCGGGCAAAGAUAAGUGGUGUCGAAGGACCUCUUACCUACUUAUUACUGUGUAAACCAAACCAUUUCCCCAGAACUCCUCGCUCAAUUAGCAGCUGUGCUUUGCUGCACUGCUCUUAGAGAAGAGCUCUUGAAAUGGCUGAAUGACAAUUGAGCAGGCGAGUAAUCAUGGGAGCCGGAGAGCUAACAUUCCCUCCUACAGCGCCGAUGAUGUUCACAGCUCUCGACACAAGUCACGAGAACAGAGGGAAGUAUUUCAUGCACAUCUACACACACACACACAAACACUUUUUGGACCAGAACCAGCUUUGUUCUACACACUCCGAAACUGUUUCUCUUCUCGGCUCACAAAAGAGCCUUUGAGGAGCUGCGGACAGUUCCUCUGUGUGAGCGAAAUGCUCGAAACAUCUGUGAUUGUCCCCGCUAAAUUGUCGACAGGCUUUCUUCACUUACGAUGAUUCACUGUGACCGACAAAGGCCUCGUUGGAGGAAGAAUGAGCCGUACCACUGGAGAUCGUGCGGACAGACUUAGUCCGGCUUCAUAAAGUCAGGCUUAAUACCCUGCGUCUCUGCCGCUUCAUGUUUGGUGACGCGCUCCCUGUGCUUUCUUUGUAGAUGAUGUUUCCGCCGACAGCAGCGCUGAGUUCCCAGACAGAGCGUCCAUGAUGGAGGUGCGUCUGCAGGCGCAGGAAGAUGAGAUCACGCUGCUGAAGUCCUCAUUGGCCGACGCCUUACGCAGGAUCCGCCUCCACGACCAACUCCUGCCUUUACUGAAACAGCAGCUCAUUGCAGUAAACCCUGGAGCUGCACGUGUCCUCAAUCAAGUGUGCUGCCCAGAUGGAUGCACCAGCAGCAGAAAGUUGUCCUCCAGCUCAGCUAUCGAUGGGAUCCAUCAUUCUUCUACUUCCAGCCAACUGUCAGGCAGCAUUGUGACCAAUACCAAUGGCCACAUAGGAAGCCCGGCGUCCACAAAGCCCAGACCAGUAUCCGUGGACAGGUCAACACAGACAGAGUCCGUCCUCCAAGGAGGGGAUGCUGGUCAGGACAAGGUUCCUCUCCACUGUCGCGUCCAGAGCCUGAACCUGGAGGACGCACUCCCCCCGGGGCAUCCUGUCGAAGCGACACGCGCCAAGCUGCACCGCGUCCCCGGUAUGGAAGAAGAGGACGAGGAGGAAGAUGACGAAGUGGGAGGGGAGCAGGAGAAGGAGCUGAGUUGGACGUCAUCAGUGGAGGAGCCCAUCCAGCCCACCACGAUCAGAGGCCUCCAGAGAGAGGAGUCCCACGACGGAAACUGCUCUCCAGAGGAGGUGGUGGGCUCUUCCUCAGCCUCGCUCAGAGCUUCAGACCAGAACCUGAACUCCCGCUGCGGACCACUGUCCCCCAUCCAGGAAGGACUAAAGACGCCUCUGGUUCGCAGGAACAGCGAGAAACUGGGGAACCCGGAGAGGCAGAGGAAGCGCCUGGAUAAGAAGGCGGCGUCCUCGGCCAACCUCCUCACCCGCUCCCCGAGCCUGGAGAACCGAGCGAAGGAUCUGAUCGCCAACGCAGGAUCCCCGGGGUCCAGAAGAGGAACCUACAGCCAAGGACAGUCGAUCAAAAUGUUCAUCCGCGGUCGACCCAUCACCAUGUACGUCCCCUCUAACAUCCAGAACUAUGAAGACCUGAAGAUGGAGCCGCCCACAGAGAGACUCGAGCUGGACUGGGUUUAUGGCUACCGGGGCCGGGACUGCCGCGCCAACAUGUACUUCCUUCCCACGGGCGAGGCCAUCUACUUCAUCGCCUGCGUCAUCGUGCUGUACCACAUCAACAACAGAACGCAGCGGCACUAUCGCAAACACACGGACUGCGUGCGCUGUCUAACCCUCCAUCCCGACAAAGUGCGAGUAGCAUCUGGACAGACAGCAGGGGUGGACAAAGAUGGCAAGCCUCUGCAGCCCUGUGUUCAUAUCUGGGACUCCACCUCUCUGGUCACGCUGCAGCAGAUCGGCCUGGGAUGCUUCCAGAGGGGAGUGGGAUCGGUUGCAUUUUCCUUUGCUGACUCGGGAGUGUUCCUGUGUGUCAUCGACGACUCGAACGAGCACAUGUUGUCAGUGUGGGACUGCAACAAGGGCGUCAAGCACGCGGAAGUGAAGAGCACCAACGAGGCUGUGUUUGCAGUAGAGUUUAAUCCAGGCGACAGCUCCAACAUCAUCACCUGUGGGAAAUCCCACGUUUACUUCUGGACGCUCAAUGCGGGACUGUUCACCAAGAAACAAGGCAUCUUUGGAAAAUACAAGAAGCCCAAGUUCAUCCAGUGCUUCGUGUUCAGUCUGACUGGAGAUGUUCUGACCGGAGACUCUGAGGGCAACAUCUUGACGUGGGGGAAAUCAGCUGCAGAUAUCAAGACUCUGGGCAAAGGAGCCAAAGAAACCUUCCAGAUAAUGCGUCAGACCAGAGCCCACGAAGGCAGCGUGUUCACCCUCUGUACCCUGCAGGGCGGCGGUCUGCUCAGCGGGGGAGGGAAAGACCGCAAGAUCAUCCGCUGGAGCGCCGACCUGGCACCUGAGAGAGAGUGUGAGAUUCCAGAAAAGUUUGGGGCAGUCCGUACCAUCGCUGACGUGGAUGGGGAGGAAUUCUUGGUUGGUACGACGCGCAAUGCGAUCCUCAGAGGAACCUUCUCUGGAGCAUUUGUGGCCAUCGUGCAGGGUCAUGUGGACGAGAUGUGGGGACUGGCCACUCACCCCUCCCACAACAUCUUCAUCACCUGUGGCCACGACCGACAGGUGUGUUUGUGGAACACAGAGGAGCACAAGCUGGACUGGUGCAUCAGCCUGGAGGAGUAUGGACUCUGCGCUGAUUUCUGCCCGAACGGAUCAGUGGUUUCAGUCGGACUCAGCACAGGAAAGUGGAUGGUCCUGGACCUGCUGACCAGGGACGUGGUCUCUGAAUCCACAGAUGGGAACGAGCAGCUGUCCGUCAUGAGAUACUCACCGGAUGGCAGCUUUUUAGCCGUCGGAUCUCACGACAACUUCAUCUACAUCUACACCGUGACGGACAGUGGGCGGCGCUACACGCGCUUUGGGAAGUGUAACGGUCACUCCAGCUUCAUUACUCACUUGGACUGGUCCAAGGACGGGAAGUACAUUAUGUCUAACUCUGGGGACUACGAGAUCCUUUACUGGGACAUCGCAGGAGGCUGUAAACUGCUGAGGAACCGCUUUGAGAGCAAAGACAGAGAGUGGGCCUCGUACACGUGUGUGCUGGGCUUCCACGUCAUGGGCGUGUGGCUGGAGGGCUCCGACGGCACGGACAUCAACGCACUGUGUCGCUCUCACAGUGAGAGGAUGGUGGCGGUGGCCGACGACUUCUGUAAAGUCCACCUCUUCCAGUACCCGUGUCCUAAACCCAAGGCGCCGAGCCACAAGUACGAUGGCCACGGCAGCCACGUCACCAACGUCUGCUUCACCCACUGCGACUCCCACCUGCUCUCCAUGGGCGGGAAGGACAUGUGCAUCCUGCAGUGGAAGGUGGUCGGAGGCGGAGCGUCCAACGGCAGGGAGCGGCUGACCUCUGCGUCGUCUACCUCCACCAGCUCCCCGGAACCCACCGUCGGCUAGGAAGGACGCGACGGAGAGGGACGCCGUUUACACUCGGAGACGUGUUCGUCGUCGGUGCAGAGCAGCCACAGUCGCUGAGGCCCAGCUCCGCCUCUAUGCUGCCCCCUGCUGGGUCCGUUUCAUUUAAAGAGGGGGUCUCCUCCAGGAGGAGGUCACCCGUCAUUACAUUACAUUACAUUACACUUACACUUACCUCCAUAUUCAUGUAAGCACUUGUGAAACUGGACAGUGCGUCGUCGCUCAGGUGAAGACGGAGGUGAGGAGCAGUAGACGUGGUCACGUGUGUGUUUGCAGGUACAAAACAUGACUUGACUUUGGGACAUUUCUGCGUGUUUUCCGUCAGUCUCGCAUCAGCGGACAUUUUAGGACAGUCUGUGGCAAACGCCGACGUCUCCUUUUAAAGCUGCAGUAGGCAGGUUGCCAAGAAGAAUAGCUGAUUGUCGAGUUUUAGCUCCAUUUUGUGAAAAUGUUGUCAUUUCAGGAUCGCCGCUCUCAUCCUCCUCCACCCCCUCCCCCCCAAGCUCCUCUCUUCAAUGGAGCACGGUCGGAGACACUUGUUUCAGACGUGUCACAUGACCAGAAACAAUAUCUGUCUCUGAAGAUCUCUGUUUGUUUUUGCUGCGUGACAGUUUAGAUGAUUGUAUUUUUUGGUGCUUGUACGCGAAUCUCAUGAAAAUAAUUCAGAAAAAUAGAAAAAUGUUAACAUUGCAUUCAACUUUUUUCUGUUUUUAUGUUAAAAUGUCCUUGUAUGUCCGAAGAAAGACGCCUUCGCUGCCGUAUGAUUUCUAGCAACAGUUAGCGCAGUUUAUACGAGUUGUCUCCUUCUACUUCCGGGUCAAAGACCUGGAAGUCCUACUCCAGUCCGACUAAGCGUUUACAUGCAGGCAUAAUCGGACUAUAAAUUGCAUUAUACAGGUAUGUUAGUCUGACUAGCAAGGGUUUAGUCGGACUAAUGUGUUUACAUGACAUUAAGAAAAGCAAAACAAAUUAUUGUCUUAGUCCGACUAAAAUUGGAGAUUUUGUUUGCAUUUUUUGAUAUGUGCAUAAAACAAGUUUGAAAUGAAUGCCCUGCUGCUUAUCUCAGUGAACGAAGUCCCAUAAUACAACACACAUACAUACACAUUUACUUUUGACCCAGUUUUUUUCAAAAUGUGGGUAAAAUUUAUUGAAAUGAAUUUAGUGAAUUUAUUCAAAUGAAAUGGCCCCAAAAUUCAGAAAUGUAUAACUAUGUUAACAUUACAUUCAACUUUUUUUUGAUCCCACUGAAGGGACCUUGAACAGCCAAUAGGAGACACGUCUCUCAGACGUGUCCUUUGAUUGGUCAAAAGCCUCCUGUGUCUCCACAGAUUAAGUCGGAGGUUGUUUGGUCGCCGUAUUGUUGUUUUUGUCUCUCUCAAAACUCUUAAUUUACAUUUAUCUUAAAAGGUUAUGGUGAAAAUAUUGAUCAAUAAAGCAAAAAAAUCCUACCUACUGUACCUUUUAAAUACAUUUGCUUAAUGUUUAUUUUACAUGAUUUAAGUAUUUUCAACUGUUUGGUUGAAAUCUCAGCUUUACAUUAGACAGACUGUGACAAACCUGUUAUAUCAUGAAAAUCAAUCUGAUUCAUUCAUUCAUUCAUGCAUCUCGUAGUUUGAAAGUGAAUUUUGCUUUAUUACAGUUUUAUAGAUAUUUAAAGAAAAUAACAUUGGGAAUACUGUGAUGUUGUGUCUGCCAAGCUCCCAAUAAAUUAACACGAGACUGUAAA